UUGUGGGGUCAUUCCGUUUGCUUUUGUGUUAGAUUCGUGCCUGUUGUACUUUUCACCGUUUUAUGCUCUGUUUCAGUGAACAACAACGCUGCUUCUUCACUCUGCCCAGAGACACGCACACUGCUCUGUACUCUGUACUGCACUAAUCAGCUAUAACUCUCUCAAAUCUCUGCUUCUUCUAGAAUCUUCCACGGUACUUUCUCAACACUCUCACUCUCAGUCAACGCAACCUCUUCACCGGAUUGGCAACAGAGAGAGCAUGUGAAUAGGGAAAUUUGCAAGGUGGAAGACUGAAAGCAUUUAGUGGAGGAGGUUGGAUUUAGGGUCAUUUAUGAUAGGUGGGAUGGGUGAUGAACCUCAUGCAGGUUCUUUCGGGCUGGAGGAAAUUUAUGGGGGGGUUCCGACCCCCAUGAGAAGGAAAAGGAAAUACAGGACAAAGAAAAAGGAAUAUCAAGGAUGGGGAUCGACUUCCCUUAUUUGGUUUCUCGAAUCCAUUGGUAGAGAUACCAGCACCGAGAUAACUCAAAGUGAGGUUGCAAAUAUUGUAAUGGAGUAUGUUAAGCAGCACAACCUCUUUCAUAAGACAAAAAAGAAGAGAAUUGAGUGUGAUGAGAAGCUGCAUUUGCUGUUUGGGAGGAAGACCAUUAGCCGGCUGAAAAUCAAUGACUUGCUUGAGUCACACUUUGCGGAGAACUGUGAGGAGUCCUCUGAUGGUAUUUUCUUUGACUCAGAAGAUGAUGAGAGUGCCUUGACAGCUUGUGAAACCCCGAGAACAGCACCUUCGGAGAGGAAGAGUCAACCAAAGAAACCAGCUUUUGAAAAAACAAGGAGCUGUUUUGCUGGCAUUGUUCCUGCCAACAUCAAGCUUGUUUAUUUGAAGAGGAGUCUAGUUGAGGACCUUUUAAAGGACCCUGAAACUUUUGAGACUAAAGUAGUUGGAAGCUUCAUAAGAAUCAGAUGUGACCCAAAUGAUUACCUUCAGAAAAACUCACACCAGCUUUUGCAAGUCACAGGUAUGAAGAAGAGUUCUGAAGUAAAGGGGGAAAUUCACCUUCAAGCUUCUGGUUUCAUUAAAGACAUCAGGAUUCAAAUGCUUUCAGAUGAUAAUUUCUCUGUGGAGGAGUGUGAGGAUUUGCACCAAAGAGUAAAAGAUUGCUUGGUCAAGAGACCUAUGAUUGUGGAUAUGGAGCAGACAGCUAGAGUAUUGCAUGAGGAUAUGACUAGGCAUUGGCUUGCAAGAGAACUUAUUCUGCUACAAAAUCUUAUUGAUCAAGCUAAUGAAAAGGGUUGGCGCAGAGAACUGGACGAGUACCUACGAAGAAGGGAGAAGCUUCAGAGUCCUGACGAGCAGGAACGGUUAUUGCGUGAAUUUCCUCAAGUUAUUGCAGAUGAGCAAAAAUCAGAAUCUACAACACCAGAUGUUCUAGAUAAAAACGUAGAAAACAAUUUACAGGAGUUCUGGCAGGCUACCUAUACAAAAUCAUCUUCAGUGACUGAGGUCCCAAAUGCUGUUGCAAAUACAAAAUUGGAUAUUGCUGAUCUUGUAAAACAACAGAGAAAUUCACCAAAGUCAAUGUCCAUUCCCCGCAGAGCACCAGAAGUUCCUCUUUUGGAUAUGACAAAUAAUAGCACUAUGUUGAAUUGCAUUUCUCCAGACACCACAGAGCACCAAUCCCGUGGCUUAUCUGUCCAACUGCCACCAUUUCAACAAACAAACUUUGCAUAUAAGAAUGACAUGUCUAAGCCAGCCAAUUCACAUGAAGCGAAAAUCUCUCAAGCACUGCCUGACAAACAGAUGUGGUCAUCUCAGAUUCGAGUUAUAAGGCUAAGUGAUGGCUUACCUGUCCAACAGCCACCAGAGCAACAAACAGACUUUGCAUAUAACAAUGGAACAUCUAAGCCAGUCGAAUCACAGGAAGGGAAGAUCUCUCAAGCACUGCCCAACAAACAGAUACGGCCAUCUCAGCUUGAGGUUAUAGAGCUAUGUGAUGACUUAUCUGUCCAACAGCCUCCAGAGCAACAAACAAACUUCACAUAUAAGAAUGGCAUGUCUAAGCCAGCCGAAUCACAGGAAGUGAAGAUCUCUCAAGCACUGCCCAACAAACAGAUACUGCAAUCACAGCUCGAUGUUAUAGAGCUAAGUGAUGGCUUACCUGUUCAGCAGCUGCCAGAGCAACAAAUAAAUUUUGCAUAUAAGAAUGACAUGUCUAAGCCAGCUGAAUUGCAUGAAGUGAAGAUCUCUCAAGCACAGUCCAACAAACAAAUACAGCCAUCUCAGAUUCAAGUUAUAGAGCUAAGUGAUGACGAUGAUGAAGAAAAUGAAAAACCAAGUACUGCAAAACUGGUUCCUUCUGUGCAAUCGGAUACCUUGAUGUGGCAUUACAGAGAUCCCAUGGGAAAUGUACAAGGACCAUUUUCCUUAAUUUCUCUGAAACGUUGGAGUGAUGCUGGCUACUUUCCCCGACAUUUCAAGGUCUGGAAGUCAGGGAGACAAGUUAGUGAUGAUGCGGAAAAAGUCCCUCAGCGUCGAAGGCCGACAAUAUCUGCACGUAGACAACGGGUCGCUACAACUGUUGUUGAGGAUGUUAACCUUGUUGAUCAUGGUGCUGAUGAGGUUCGUGAGGAGCCUCAGGUGCCAACUACUGAUGAUGGAGGUGCAGAUACGAAGGGUUUUCCAGGCGGACCCCAAGAUACAUCAGUGUUGCUGAAUUAUGUUUAUCAUGUGGCAGCCUCAGUUUGGACAGGAGAGGAAUGUCCUAAGUUGAAGUUGGUAUCUCAUGGGAGGAAGGUAGAGAAAUUUGGAAAGCCUGUACCUGAGAUUGAAGGCAUAGUAGCUGCUACGGGAUUAAGUUCUCUGAUUACUUGUUCGUUUGACACUGGUGACAGAGGACUUUUAUCUGCUUUUGUCGAGAGGUGGCACAAGGAAACAAGUAGUUUCCAUUUACCGAUAGGAGAGGUGACUAUAACCCUCGAUGAUGUGGCAUCCUUGUUACAUCUUCCAAUUGUAGGUGCCUUCCAUACCUUCGAUCCUCUUGAUGUAGACCAAGCUGUAGAGUUGUUAGUUGAGUUGUUUGAAGUGAGUACAAAAGAAGCAAAAGAUAAGACUAACCAAUGCAGAGGGGCGUAUGUUCGCCUAGCUUGGCUACGAGACAUUUAUCGUAGCAAAUGUGACGCAAGACAAUGGACUUUAGCUGCUCGAGCUUAUUUAUUGCAUCUAGUAGGUUGCACACUCUUUGCUAACAAGAGUGCCACACACAUCAAUGUGGUAUUCUUAGACGCAUUUCGUGACCUCAGCCAAUCCAGAAGUUAUUCAUGGGGAGCAGCUGCACUAGUCCAUAUGUACGAGAAUUUGAAUGAUGCGUCAAAACAUACGACAAAAUAUCUUGCAGGUUAUAUCACUCUAUUACAGGUUUAUAAUUUUGUGCAGUGUUGGAUUUACGAGCAUUUUCCUACAAUCGCUUCCACUGUUGUUGAUGACGAUUAUCAUGAAAGGAAACCACGUGCUUGUCGAUGGAAGUCUGGGAAGACAUUACCAGUGUUGACGUAUCGUAAGCACUUGGAUAGAUUGACGUCAGAUGUUGUUUGUUGGAUUCCUUAUGGUGAACACCGUUCAUCUAGAGAAUUUGAGCUCGUCUCAUUAUUUUCCGGACAUAUUAGAUGGGGUUCAUCUAUUGUCGUACACCAAUCAGAGAGGGUAGUGCGACAGUUCGGUUAUGUGCAGACCAUUUCUCCAUACCCAGCUACUCCAUCCUUAUCUAUAGAGGAGAUUGAUGAUAGAUGGCUUCAUUUUUCAGAAUACCUUGCACCGGUUGGACAAAUUUGUAGUGCUCUUGGACAGUGUGCAACAGACUACAUGGAGUGGUUCUAUAGGAUAUCUCACCCUUUCAUGAUUCCAACAUAGCCCGAGGAGCCUCCUAGACAUCCACCUGUGAUGCAUGAUGAUACAUUUUUUGUACCAAAUCCUCCUCAGCAAGUCAUGGAUGCUAUGCUAGAACCACCUGCACCUACAACUACUAAUGUAGAUAUGCCUCGACAUGCAGUGGAUGCUUGCCAACAGAUAGCAAAAAAUUUGGAACACAUGAUCAACAUGAAGAUGGUUACUGUUGGAACUGAAGCAUGUACUCUGAUUGAGCACUGCCUGAGAUUGGCUAGGGGUGUCACUGAGCAACAUAAUGUUUAUAUUCAGUCGAGACGAAUGAGGGAUACACAGGACACAUGAAGAUAGUUGGGAUUGAUUAAGUAGUAUAAGAUAUAUGUAUGCAAUAUGACUUACCAAUGUUUAAUAUUUGUCAUUAUUUGCCAAGCUUCGUAUGUUAUCACUGGUUUUAAUUUGC